AUGGCUCCUCAAGAUAGCUUUAUCGAUGAUGAAGAUGACACUUGCCCUCUGUGCAUAGAAGAGUUCGACCUUUCCGAUAGAAACUUUAGACCAUGCCCUUGUGGCUAUCAGAUAUGCCAAUUUUGCUUCAACAACCUAAGGAAUAACCUUAACGGGUUAUGUCCCGCAUGUCGACGGCCGUACGACGAGAAGGACAUUAAAUGGAAGGUUGUCACUCAUGAAGAGGAAGCGGAGUUUCGAGCAAACAUCCAGAAGAACCAAAAAAAGCGAGCGACGGAACAACGUCAAAAAGAGGUCCAGAAACGUGAGGCCGAGAAGGAAAGUCGCAAAAACCUCCAAGGUGUCCGUGUCGUCCAAAAGAACCUUGUUUAUGUCACAGGCUUGACACCUACCGUUCGAGAAGAUGAACUGCUGAAGACUCUUCGCAAACCCGAGUUCUUCGGCCAGUAUGGCAACAUCCAGAAGAUUUCGAUCAGUAAUCGCAAAUCUGCGGAUGGUCAGCCCCAAUCACUCGGUAUCUACGUCACAUUCGAGAAGAAGGAGGAUGCCGCUCGAUGCAUACAAGCCGUACAUGGUUCACAAAACGGGGACCGCGUCCUCAAGGCACAGUUGGGAACAACCAAAUAUUGCUCGGCAUGGCUUAGACACGAACAAUGUGGAAACCGACAGUGCAUGUUUCUGCAUGAGCUUGGUGAUGAAGAAGACAGCUACUCUCGACAAGAUCUCUCAUCGUUAAACAGUGUCCACACGCAGCGUCCGCUUGCGAAUGCUGGCUCGUCAUCGCGCUCCGCAUCGCGACAGCAAACGUCCCACUUCCCCGCCGCGGGAUCGCAACCUAUGGUCCGCACCUCUAGUAAGGAAGGAUCAGAUGCUGGUGAUGGACCGGCCUUGCCAGCUUCCGCGAAUUGGGCGCGUACCACACAGCAACGAAGCAGAAGAGGCAGUCAUGCUACUAGUCUUGCAGCAUCGAGCCCUGCUAUUUCGACUUCGCUUCCCGUCACCAACGAAUCUGUUCAGGAGACUACCGAAGCUGCGGCACCUAUAGAACCUCCACCUUCAACCAAUCGAAAAGCGGAGAAACAACCAGCAGUCGAAGCGCCCGUUAAGACUAUGCCUGUCAGCACUAAAGGUGCGCCCCGAAAAGAAAGCGAUAUACCUGAUUUCAAUAUUAUCCUGAAGCACCUUGCUGAGUGCCCAGAGAGCGCAUUUGCGCCACUAAAAGACGCAGGCGACGAUUAUCCUCCUCUGUUUGAUCCCCAAGGCGGCAAGCGAAGACGAGCUAUGAGGGACGAAGAGAAUCGCUUGAGCAACCACGAAGAGCAAGUCGACAACCUUGAGGCAUCUGAAGGCGAACCUGAAAGCGGUAGUCUUGCACUCGGUGGGGAGCCUGAAGAUAGAGAACAGGUUCGUGACAGUGGCCGUUUUGAUCAGAGACGAAAUGCAACGCAACCUCCGAUACAACGUACUACCGCGACCAGCGCGAGCGACUUAUUCGGACCAAGUCUGUCCGCUUAUGGUCAAACUUCUGCUAUUGGUUCUGGCAGUGGUCGUACUGCAACACCACAACAGCAAUUGUUCGCUCGACCCCAGAAUAGCUUCGCAGAUCAGAUGCCUCCAGGAAUCUCUACACAGUCUUCGACUCUCUUCCAGGGUCAAGGACAUAGUCGCCAGCAGUCUCGGUUCAGUUUUGCAAACGAGAACAACUCCAGCUCGAUCAAUGUUAAGUCGACUGGCGAUCCACGAUAUAUGGCACAGCAGUCAUCAAUGAUGCCGUCUGCGUAUCGUUCACAGCCUGGCAGUCAGUUAUACACGUCUAUUCCUGGUCCUCCGCCGGGACUUAAGUCUACUGGCACGACACCCGUUAAUGGUGGCAUGUUUGGACAGGGGCAUGCAUUUGGAGGAUCGGCAUUUAACGCAGGAUCCAAGGACUCCUCGAGUGAACUACUUCAAUCUCUUAUCCGCGGAAGGGGUGUGGGCAGCACCCAAGCCCACGAGGCGGCGAAGCGUGAGUACUUUCCCUUUAGCAACCAAUUCCUUCCCUCUACCUCCUCCACCCCAGCUCCUGCUCCGGCUCCGGGCCUUCUGGCAUCGCUCCAUGGUACCCAGCCAGGAGCUUUCCAAGAUUUCGGACCAAAGCAGAAGAAGAAGGGGAAGAAGCACAGACACGCUAACACUUCCUCCUCUGGGGGGAGUGGCUUAGUAGAUCUUGCGGACCCGAGUAUCCUGCAGGCGAGAAUGCAGUAUCAGCAGCAGGGGAGCGGCGCCGGAGUCGGGCAGGGGAUUUAUGGUGGUCAAAACCAAGAUGAUGACCUCCUCCCCCUGGAUGAGGUCUCCUCUUCCGUUGAUGCGCUCGUCGCGGAUUCUGACAGCUUCGAGGGGCCUUCGAUCUCGUCCAUACUAGAUGAUGUAGGAUUACGAAUACCGUCAGUACCGCCAGGCCUUGGUCUUAGCCAUUCCCAUCCCCCAGCGCAAUUUACCGACAGAAUUCCCACUCCCGUGCCUCGUCCAGGCGCAAUAUCCCUAAGAUCCCCAGCUGCCCCACGACCUGUAACUCCAAUCAUUCCAAAAACCGGCUUAAAGUCGCCGGCUUCAGCCAAGGAGGAAAGUAGUGCCACUGGCGGGACAGAGGCGAAGAAGAGCAUCAAAGAGCUUGCCGCAAAGAGUGGCUUAUCGAAAGACAUCGCUGCUCAAGCUUCGAAAUCGUCCAAAGGAAAAGGUGUCCUGCAGGAAGAAGAUUUCCCAGCUCUUGAUUCAGUUAAGACAAGUUCGCCGCCGCGAGUGACCCCAGCUUUGCCGUCAAAAUCAGCAUCUGCAAAGGCGUCCCUAUCUAAGAAAGCCACCGUAGCCGAAGCAGCAGCAGGCAAAACGACAUCAGGAAAGUCUACUUCUAGCAAAUCUGACAAACGUCCGGUACCCAGCACUCUUGAUAUCGCCGCCGCCACGAACACCGUCUCACAAGCAAGUGCCGGUGAAACGGCUAGUGGAAUAGACAAAUUCACCAAUCACGUUCUUACUAGUGCUACACAAGCUUCCAAAAUCCAAGGUGCUUCUACCGUACCUACUCCUACGUCAACUACGGCAUCUAUAUCCUCUCCACUAGCAAAAGUUGCUCCAAAGACGCUCCGCCUCGUACAUACUCCCAAAACAGAGGCUCCACCCAUCCAUAUACCUCCCGCAGCUGUGGCUUCGAUUCGAGCUGCUGGAAUAGGAAGUUCCUCUCAUCGUCCCGCAACACCAGCUAGUGAAAUAAUCUCAGAUACUGCAUCAAUUGUGAGCGCGUCCGUUUCAGUUUCCCGAACGAGCUCCCCGCCGCCCACCAAGGUUGGCUCCGCAUCUGUGCGCGCAACUACGAAGAGCCAACAGCGCAAACAACGUAAAGAGGCCUCGAAAGAAGCUGCUGCUCAGAUUGCAGAGACAAAACCCGUGGAACAGGAAGUAGAAAUUGCCCCUAUUCUUGGACGGAAGAAAAAACAGAAGAAAGAAAAGAGGGCGGUUACCGCAAGUCGGCCGGAGACGCCAAGUGGUACAGAGACGCGGGCAGAUACCCCCGUACCUCAAGACGGACCUACCUCGGCUCCUCCAGAACCAAACGAGAAACUUACUAGAGGUAACAGAGGUCUGUCCGUAGCAGAGCCUCCCAAUGCGACGGUUCAGAAGAGUAAAGCACCAAAAAGCCCUCCCAAGAGCCCUGUAGCAACAGUCGACACUUCCAUUAGGUUAAAUGAGUCGACGAAGACUACAGUCUUGACACCCGACUAUGUGAAUCAUAGUUCCGAGUCGAAGCUAGAGCAGCCUAUUGACGAAGAUAUUGGUGAGGUGCCUAACCUCCGCGAUGUCUUCCGGGCUCUUAUGGAGAGUGGCAGUUUCCCCGAUCCCGAAGCCAUCAGUUUCUUCAAAACUGCGAUAGGGUACCGCACAGAAGUUGAUGGACAUUAUCCAAGCACGCUCCCGCCUACGCUCAAGACAAUCGUCACCAAGGAGGAUGAAGAUAAGCUUAGCGCAUUCCAGCCGGUGCGUAAGAUGGUGCAUGAACAUAAUGUGCUCCUAACACCGAACGGGGACUGUCUUCUCAAUUUGACAGAUGAAGAGGCGGAGAUGUUCCUGGAACUUCAGGAUCGCAUCAGAGCAGACAGCGCUCUUCCUACUGCCUUCUCCGCACCUCGUCACACACCCUCGACUGGAUUUAGUCUCGUAAAGAAUCGUGCCGUGCCCAAUGGUACGCCGUCGUAUUUCCCUUCAGGACCCGAUAAUUACCCCAGCGACCCAGUGGGUAAGAUGCACCGCGAGGAAGCUAUCAGUUGCAUCAACCAACACGUGCUCCCGUCUCUAAACCUUAACGGGUACAAGGCACCCGGAUCUAGCUCUAACGCCAAUAGCAAUGCCGGCUCCUCAAACUCAGCUCGCAAUGUCAACCUUCAACAACUGGCACCUUGGAUCUGUCCCUCGGUCGAGAACCCCGAAGACCGCGCGCGAAUGUUCUCAGGUAGACCCGGUGAGGACGAAGCUAACGCCGUCUACGGAUGUCACGAUCACGCCGGUGCCGCUACUUCAAUCGGCAGUGCCCCAUUGAUGAGUGUCGAGGACGCGGAGGCCGCGUGGGGCCAGGCGAGGAAACAGCACGAGGGCUUGGAGAAAAAGUUUCGCCAGCUCCAGGCUAAGAAUCAGGAUGAGGAACUGGCUUUGGCUGGGCCGGUCGUUGGGUAUGUCGUCAUGGCGGCGGUUUGGGUCGUUAGUGCCGUGAGCACUGUGGUACUGGGCGUCUGCAAGGUUGUCCUUGAGAUGCUGCUUCGAACUGCGCUGGAGAGUUUGGGGAUUGGGGAUUAUGCCUCGUACUAG